AUGACUGGAAGUACACGCUCCGACGUGUUGGGGCGGAGUUUAGUCCGCGAGCUUUUGCUUAGACUAUGUGUACGGACAUCAGUUACGACCUUGGGCCAAAACCGAUAUCUUUCCAUUGGUUUGAAUCACGACGAUGAUAUGCUGGAAACCUGGUACUGA